UUGGACGUUUCGAAGACCUUUGAUAGGUUUUGGCAAGCUAGUCUAUUGGGUAAGAUUGCAGCAUACGGCUUAUCCCCUAGCCUGAUUGACUGGGUAAAGGACUUUCUGAGUGAACGGUCUCUCCGGGUCUUCAUCGAUGGCUGCACAUCUGAUCCUGUGGCGACUAACGCCGGUGUUCCUCAGGGGUCCGUUCUCUCCGCAACUCCCUUCCUGCUGCAUAUUAAUGAUCUGCUUAUUCCCGGUAUCUAUAGGUAUGCAGACGAUAGCACAGUUGUGGAGAGAUACCAAACGCCGAAACAGUGCAUUGCUAUUAUUGUUAUGAAUAGAGAUAUAAUAGAUACACAGAACAAUACAGGCAAUGUUAAAUUCAAAUGUUACGACAUAAAUUCAAUGUGUGGACAAAAUCUUCGACAGCGUGUGAUGUUCGUUGCAAUCGCUGCUUUAGUGAUAUCCGUGGUGGUACUCUUAUCUUCAGUUGCAUAUCUUUUAAAUUCAGCGUCACUGGAUGCUUAUAUUAUUAAGCAACCCGUAACUGCUAUGAACUUAAUUUUUUCUUUAGUGGCUGCCAGUAUCUCGAGCUAUCAAAUUGUUAUAUCAUUAUUAUUGUUAUGGCAAGGUUUUUGGGUAAAUAGUGGCAUAUUUUUAUGCUCCUUGUGGUACGUGUCACAUCUAUCUAUUCUGGUGGUAUACUGGAUACUUUUUGGAGCAAGGACGGUUAUAUGUUUCAAUGAAAAUCGUCGUAUACAAGCCCUUCUUACCAUUUUUAUUGGGAUCGUUUACCAAGCACUGUUCACCUACUUUUGUGUUGUCGUAAAUAGGUAUCUACAUUCUUCAAAUCAAGACCGCUAUUUUUGA